AUGCCGUUCUCGCGACGAAACGCUCGCCCUUCAUGGGCCCUCGCCCUGUGUCUCGCGACCUCAGGCGCGCUCGUGGCCGCCGGACCCUGCGACAGCUACGCCAAGGGCGACACGCCCUGCGUCGCGGCGCACAGCACGACGCGCGCCCUGUACGACACGUUCACCGGGUCCCUCUACCAGGUGAAGCGCGGCUCGGACGGCGCGACCACCGACAUUGCACCCGUGUCAGCCGGUGGCGUCGCCGAUGCCAGCCGUCAGGACAGAUUCUGCGCCGGCACGACGUGCGUCAUCACGGUCAUCUACGACCAGUCCAAGAACAACAACCACCUGAUGCAGGCGCCGGGGGGCGACUUCGCGGGCCCAGCAGCCAACCGCGCCGACAACCUGGCGAGCGCCAUCGGGGCGCCGGUGCAGCUCUUUGGCAACAAAAAGGCGUACGGCGUCUUCAUCGCCCCGGGCACGGGGUACCGCAACAACGCGGCGCAGCGCACGGCGCGUGGUGAUGCGGCACAGGGCAUGUACGCCGUGGUCGACGGUACGCACUUCAACGGCGGCUGCUGCUUUGAUUACGGCAACGCCGAGACGAGCACAAGCAACACGGGCAACGGGCACAUGGAGGCCAUCUACUUUGGCGACAGCACGGCGUGGGGCUCCGGCUCCGGGAGCGGGCCGUGGGUCAUGGCCGACCUCGAGAACGGCCUGUUCUCGGGCCACAACGCCCAAGAAGACGACGACAACCCGUCGCUGUCGCAUCGCUUCGUCAGCGCCGUCGUCAAGGGCGGGCCCAACAAGUGGGCCAUCCGCGCCGGAGACGCCACGGCCGGCGACCUGUCGACCUUUUACAGCGGCGUGCGGCCCGCCCGCGGCUACGAUCCGAUGAAGAAGGAGGGCGCCAUCGUGCUUGGCAUCGGCGGCGAUAACAGUGUCAGCGCCCAGGGCACGUUUUACGAGGGCGUCAUGACUUCGGGCUACCCGUCCGACGCCACGGAGAAGGCCGUCCAGGACAACAUCGUCGCGGCGGGCUACAGAGUCGCGCCGCUGUCCUCGGGGCCCCGGUUGUCCGUCGGCGCCCGCGUCUCGCUGCGCGCCACUUCGUCCUGCUGCACGACGCGUUACCUGGCGCACGCGUCGACGGGUACCGGCGUCGAUACGCAGGUCGUCUCGUCGUCGAGCGCCGAGACGCUGCGGAAGCAGGCGACGUGGACGGUGCGCACCGGCCUCGGCAACAGCGGCUGCUUCUCCUUCGAGUCGGUCAGCAACCCCGGCAGCUUCAUCCGCCACUACAACUUUGUGCUCCGGGUUGACGCCAACGACAAUAGCAAGUCAUUCCGCGAGGAUGCCACCUUUUGCACCGAGGCGGGCCUCAACGGCCAGGGCAGCUCGAUCCGCGCCUGGGGCCACCCCACGCGGUACAUUCGUCACUUUACCAACGUCGGAUAUGUGGCCAGUAACGGCGGCGUUCACACCUUUGAUGCUGCUCGUGAGUUCAACAACGACGUGAGCUGGGUGGUUGGUGCCGGACUCUCGUAG